AUGAAUAGACCGAUUCUGAUGACGGCAUUCCACGAUUUUCAAUCGUUGGGCAUGUUCAUCGCUGGGAGCUUUCACUCGCCGACGAGGCCUCAGCCUGAUCGCGCUCCUGAGCAUUAUCCUCGAGAAAGACCUCUCGUAUACUUCCUGGCUGCUUUGUCACGGUACUCCGAACAAAAUAUCGAUAUGACUGCCCUCUGCCGAUCUGGCUAUAUCACUGCCCCUGGUCUACUGGACUCUACUACGAGCCCCCAAAUCGUUUCUCCAUCAUCACUGGCAUCUUCUCCAUCGACUCGAGUACCAGAGCCACCGCCGUAUUAUCGUCGUCGCCGGCAAAACAUCGGUUCGGCCGAAACUUCACCAUAUCGUCCCUGGGUCGUUCCUGGACCAAAAGACAUCCCCUUUGAACCUACAGCAGUGCAAGAAGGUCAAAAAAGAGGACAUUGGACGGGUAGGGGAUCGACUAGUGAUUUAAUUAAUUUCCCGGAAACAGAGAGCGAUGUGGAGGGAUAG